CAUCUACAAAAACCACUUCAGUGCCCUGCCUUGAUAACCCAUCCGAUACCUACACAAUCCACAUCAUCCCCCUUUCUCGGAGACUUGCUUAACCCAUUCCCUCGCCACCAAGAGAAGCCAGCGCCAGACGAAGCCCAUCCUCCAAGACCGCUACGCCCUCUCUUUCUUUCUUUCGCUCUAUUCUAGUUUCAUUUCUAUCAAGAAUAAGCAUUUUCCGCAUCGUAUGUUCACUGUGCUCCAACCUUCAUCGUCCCGUUCACACUCAUCCUCAACCUACAGCGAUAUGGAGCACGACCUCGAUCUCGACGUCGGAUUCGACGUUGGGUUCGACCUCAGCAUGACCAAGGACGAUCUCCUGCUGUCCACCCUCACCCCAUCUUCGUCCUGUUCCUCGCUCUACCAAUUGCAGGACCAGCCACAUCUCUAUCGCCGAGGACGAGGGCUUGCUUAUGGCACCAUCACAACCACAACCACUGUCACCACUACUACGACAACAACCCCGUCAACACCAGCACAACCAUCAUCUUCAGCAUCCUCCUCGUUGUCAAGGAUAUCAGGAGCCUCAAUAUCAACGGGUUUUCAAGAAGACCGGAGUGAGGCGAACCUUCCUCUCUUCCCUGGUGCCCUCCAAUUGGUCUCCGAGGGCCCCUACCUGUUUAUUUUCGACAUUCCAAUCUCGCUUUACUAUCCUAUCCGCGCCCUGAUCCUGUUUAUGUUGGGUUUCAUGUUCUCGCUCGUGAUUGACCAUUUGCAGACCCAACACAACCUGAUUCAAUACCCCAGAAACGCUCACCACUACCUCUGGGAUACGGCUUCAUGGCUGCCGCCGACAUGUGGCCUCUCGGCAGUGUUGAUUGGGACAUUCUAUCCGCUCGGAGAUUACCUCUGGUGGGGACAGCGGGUCAAGCAAGGGAAUCAGGAUUGGUCCAGCGUCAUGAGGUGUUUUGGCGGAUUCAUCGGUGUCAACUAUGCAGCAUCGAGACUGCCGUGGACCAGCAGCCUUCAGGUGUCUUGCACCCUGGCCUUGAUCUCGGUCGGCCUCUGGUUCUGGUUCGACCGCACAUUUCAUGGAUUUAUGAUCUCGCUCACGGUCGCGUCCAUAGGCACCCUUGUUGCCUAUUUCCUCGUCCUGAAUGGAUGGUAUAGUUUCACACGGGCAGACUUUUAUGGCGUUGGAUCAUGGAUGCCUUGCAUACUUUAUUCGUCCUCGGUUUGCUUUGGAAGCAUUGGGCGGCAAUUGGAUGUAGUCCCUGCAACAUGGUAUGACUCUAGUUCAACUCAGACUCAUGUCAAAACGAAUUGAAAGAAAGCAAUCUGUAAAUAAAGCUCGUAUAUAUCCAUU